ACAGGGUUGUUCAGACAGUUCGCGGUUGCUGUUGUGGAGUGGUUUUCGGACAACGAUUCCAAAAUGGCGGCAGUUGUAAAAGGUGCCUUGGCUGGCAGACAAUUUGUUGGCCAAGUUAAUCUUAGCAAGCUAGUUUGCAACAGUGUUUUAAAAGCACAGGCAUAUCAGCGAUUACAGAGGUUUUCUACAUCUAGGAUUCAUGGAGAAAAGUAUUUCAACAAAGUUUUAAUAGCUAAUAGAGGAGAAAUAGCAUGCAGGAUAAUAAAAACAUGCAGAAGAUUAGGCAUCAAAACUGUGGCUGUUUAUUCUGAAGCAGAUGCCAAUGCUAUGCAUAGUCACCUGGCUGAUGAAGCUGUGUUGAUUGGGCCACCACCAUCUGCCCAGAGUUACCUUAGAAUGGAUGCCAUUAUUGAUGCAUGUAAACAAACUGGCGCAGAGGCUGUUCAUCCUGGCUAUGGGUUCCUGUCUGAGAAUUCAGUGUUUCACGAUGCUCUGGAAGCAAAUGGUAUAACGUUUAUUGGUCCUUCUCCAUUUGCCUUGAAAGCAAUGGGAGAUAAAUUGGAAAGCAAAAGAAUAGCACUGAAGGCAUCUGUCAGUACUAUUCCAGGUUUUGAUGGAGUGAUCAAGGAUGAUGAUCAUGCUGUUGCCAUUGCCAGGGAAGUUGGAUAUCCUGUCAUGAUAAAGGCCUCCGCAGGUGGAGGAGGAAAAGGAAUGAGAAUUGCAAAUAAUGAUACUCAGAUCAGAGAAGGGUUUCGCCUGAGCUCACAAGAAGCAAAAUCAAGUUUUGGCGAUGACAGGCUCUUGAUUGAAAAGUUCAUUGAGCAUCCAAGGCAUAUUGAAAUGCAGGUCAUAGGAGACAAGCACGGAAAUGUAUGCUAUCUUAAUGAAAGAGAGUUCAUUCAAAGAAGAAAUCAAAAAGUUGUCGAAGAAGCACCAAGCCCAUUUCUGGAUCCCAGGACCCGGAAAGCCAUGGGUGAACAAGCUGUCAUGCUUUCUAAGGAGGUCGGCUACUCAUCUGCAGGAACUGUUGAGUUUCUAGUGGAUAAAUACAAGAAUUUCUACUUCUUGGAAAUGAAUACACGUUUGCAAGUUGAGCACCCGAUCACAGAAUACAUCACUGGUCUUGACAUUGUUGAGCUAAUGUUAAGGUCUGCCGCCGGGCAUCCACUACCGUUGGAGCAAAAGGAUGUGCAACUGAACGGAUGGGCAUUGGAAUGCAGAGUGUAUGCCGAGGAUCCGUACAAGAGCUUUGGUUUGCCAUCAACUGGCCGCCUUUUCCAGUACAUACAACCUGAUCACCUUGAAAAUGUACGUUGUGAUUCCGGCAUCAUGGAAGGACAGGAAAUAAGCAUUUAUUAUGAUUCUAUGAUUUGCAAGCUUAUCACGUACGGGAAAACACGAAAUGACUCAAUCGAGUCGAUGGAGAAAGCUCUUGACUCUUUUGUAAUUCGUGGGGUGUUGCACAACAUCUCCUUGCUGAGAGACAUUUUAGAUCGACCAUCGUUCCUAGCUGGGAAUUUGUCAACAGAUUUUUUGAAUGAAGAAUAUCAAGAUGGUUUUAAAGGUAGGAUGUUGACUUUUGAUGAGAAGAAUGAAUUGGUUGCUGCUGCAUGCCAUCAAUAUGUUCAUCGGGUUAUCAGAGCUGGUGAAUACCUGAAUCAGUCGCGAUUAACAAGCCAACGAAACCUGCAGUCUUUUGAGCUGGUUUGCACCAUAGACGGGGAGAAGUUCGAGUGUGCUGUAGAAAUUAUUGAUCAAGGCAUUAAGGCAAAUAUCAAUGGAGUCGAUAUUGUUUUCACUUCACAUUCACCAAAGCAAAAUACUUUGUUGGAAGCAGAAGUUAAUGGCGUUCCUUGCGUAUUUCAGAAAUUCUCAAGAUAUGUUGGUCAGCAAUUCAACAUCAUUCACAAAGGAACAAAGUUCCCUGUUAUUGUGAGAACAAAAUUGCAAGAGCAACUGCACCAACACAUGCCUGAAAAGCCAGAGGCUGACCACACUCCGUUCCUUCGAUCACCAAUGCCUGGGACACUGAGGGAAAUACGCUGCAAAGUUGGAGAUGAUGUGUUUGUGGGCAUGGAAGUUGCUGUUGUUGAAGCAAUGAAAAUGCAGAACAUGCUGCGCGCUGAGAAGAAUGGCAAGGUGCGAGCAAUUUACUUCAGAGCUGGAGACAGUGUUGCAGAGGAUGAUCUUAUCUUGGAAAUUGAAUAAUGCUUUUGAUAAUAGCUUCAUGCUUUUGCUGUAGCUGAUUUUCAACUUGAAUUUGAGAAGAACUUAUUUAUUAUGCAUGCUUUUCGUUCACAUAAAACUGAUAUUACUGUAUGCCUCUGCUUUUAUGAGCGAAAUCCAAAGUAUCUCAACAUCUCAUUUAGCAUCAUGAAAAUAACAAAAAUUGGUUCUCCUAAAGGUUCUUACCUAAUCCUAAAAACCCUUUGAAAUAUUUUGUAAAAACUUGUUUAAUCCCAUUAGAAAAUAGAUUCAGUUUUUCAGAUGAAUUUUGAAUGUCUAAUUUCAAGAAUAAUGUCAGCGUGUCUUGCUUAUUUUAUUUUCUAUAAUAUCCCAAAAAAGUUGCAAGCAAUCAAUCCAAAGCCUAUUUAAUUGUAAUAUUGCUAAUUCGUUGUUAUUUUUUCUCAUUGCAUUAAUGGCUUGUCAGCAUUGAUAUUUUCAAAAACAAUCCAUCAUGUUAUACUGCAUAUUUCAAACUAGAACAAAAUUGAAAAUCUUAACCCAAGUAUUGUUAUUGGAGCAAUAAUUAAAAAGAAACACAAAGGAAUGAUAAGCUCUAAGCCUGUUCCUUGAGCCUUAAAAGUUUGCUUUUUGACAUGGAGCAGAUUUAGAAUUGAUUGCUGUUAGUAAGGAUAGAGAUAGAAUUUUAGAUGUGACAAUAGUUUGUCAAUAACAUGAAUUGCUUCACUUUUUAUGGCAGACACUAGUAAUUUUUUCAAAUAAGAUGCUUGUAUUUGUAAAAGAGCAAUGAAAUAAAAAUGUCAAUUUGAUAUUUUUCUUUUAACUUUGAAAAAACUUGUUAUUGCAUUAUUGUCAUGACUUUGUUUACUUCUUAGUUUUCAGCAAAGUAAGUGAACAAUACCAGGCCUGUUCCUUAACUUACAUGUUAAGCCUAUAUAAUGCAUCUCACUGACUUUUCGAAGUAGAUGAUAUACAAUGCCUGCUAAAUUUACUAAGAGUGCCCAAUAGCUUGUGCCCUUAUUUUUUACUCUGAUCCCCUGUCUCUCCAGAACAAGGUUAAUGGCAAAUAUAGUGCAAAUAAUAUAUUUGAUCAAUUCUCUUUUUGUCAAUUUGUAGAACAAAAUUGUUUUAAAUUGUUAAGAGGGAUGGCUGAAAUCGCCUUUUAAAUUUGAUGAUGUUCUAGUCUUCCAAGACUAAUGACAAUUGUUAAUGACCUUUUUGAAUGUACUUUCAGCUUGAAUUAUCAAACCUUUUAGUGAUUUAUACUUUUAUAAAUUUAAAAGAAAGAAAAGAAUAUUUUGGAAGCAACUUUUUUUUAGAAGCUA